AUGGUAACAAUUCCGACAAUCACAGACGAGUGCAAACAUCUUCAAUUCUCUUUCUCUUACACUUUUCUCUGUUCAUGGCGGCCUCAGUUCUCCAUCGCAGCAAUUAACGACACCGACUCCACGCAACAAUGGGAACCCUUAGCUCCGACGAAAGAAGCUCAGGCACUUGUUCUCACCUCCAUCCUCGCUUCCUUUUUGGAAUCUCAUCUUACCCAGACUUACCAUGAUGGUCUCCUCGAAUUGCAAGCGAAGCAAUAUGACAAGGCCCGCCAUUUGCUGGAAUCUGUGUUGAGAGACCCUCUAAUCUCAAAUGCCCAAGAGGUGGAUGGUAAUGCAAGCGAUAGUCAUCUUCAGCAGCUCAGAUAUUUGGCGCUAAAGAAUCUCGCCACUGUUUUCCUUCAGCAAGGAUCAGCACAUUAUGAGAAUGCUCUUCAGUGUUACCUUCAAGCUGUUGAGAUUGACACCAAAGAUUCUGUUGUUUGGAAUCAGUUGGGAACUUUGUCGUGUUCGAUGGGUUUGCUCAGUAUUUCGCGAUGGGCUUUUGAGCAGGGCCUUCUAUGCAGCCCUAAUAACUGGAAUUGCAUGGAGAAGUUAUUAGAAGUUCUUAUAGCAAUUGGUGAUGAGGUCGCUUGCCUUGCUGUAGCAGAGUUGAUUUUGAGGCACUGGCCUUCUCAUUCUCGUGCUUUGCAUGUGAAAUGCACUAUUGAAGAGUCAGAGCUAGUUCCAUUUGCACCUAGAGGUAUUGAUAAACUGGAACCAAAGCAUGUCCGCCUUAAGUUCCUGGACAAGAGGAAAAGAUCCGAGGAGAAUUUUGACGAAGUUGUAGCUAAUAAACGGCUGAACCAGACCAUUGAGUUGAAGCUGCAUGGAGUUUCGUGGUGUGCUGUUGUUGAUGCUCUGCUGGAAAUCCUACAUCCACUCAGUGGGCAUGACACUGAGUUCAAACCUGACGAACCCCGCAAAUCUGGGGAUAUCAGGUUAAGUAUACAACUACCAUCCAAUUUAGAUAUCGAUAUGAGCUCUCAGAAAAAAAAAAGGCCGGUUGACUGCCCCUCUAGUCAAUGCAAGCCUCUCAGCAAUAGCAAUUCCGAAAGAGUUGGUGCUGUCAAGGAAAGAGAAACAAAUAGUUUUUAUGAACAGCCUCAUGAGAGGCGAAGUACUCGCCUUGAAAGACUUAGAAGUCGUAAACCUGGGAAAGAAGAAAUGGAUUUUGGUGACAGGAAGGAUUUAGUCAGUGUUGUACUCCAGUAUCUGGAGCCUUUUAUUGUUGGCGCACUGUCCGGUGACAAUUCUGAGCAUGCGGUUACGUGUUCUGUUCCACGCACUGACGAGGUUAGUUCACCUGAUAGGGAACUGAAUGAUGUUUCAGCCUUUGUCAAAGAAACAUCAAAAAAUUAUGGUGCUUAUGAUAUGGCCCACUUGCUUCUCGAACAUGUUACAACUAAAGGUAUUAUGUGUCAGGAUGCAUUGCCCAAACUCCUUGAAUUGGAAGGGUUAACAAGAAAUUGGGGGAAAGAUAGAACUCCUGAGUGUAGUCUUUUUCUUGCUGAGGUGUAUUAUGACCUUGCAUUUUUGCCUUCCAAUGCUUCAAAGCUCUCGGAAUUCAUAUCAGAAGCAUUGUAUCAUCUAUGCAAAAUUGUGGAAUCAGUAGCCCUAGACUAUCAUUCACCCCUAACCCUUGAAAAUCAGGGUGGAAGUUGGUCUGAUCGCUCUUGUUGCUCGGAUCUCAUUUCUAUUGAUUCUUUGUCAAGUGAAAAAUGCAACUUCUGGAUCAGGUACUUCUGGUUGAGUGGGAAAUUGUCCAUCUUCGAUGGCAAAAAGGCAAAAGCUUAUGAAGAACUAUCUGUGUCCUUGUCACUGGUCUUGAAGAGGGAUAAAAUGGGUGAUUCUUCUGGGAGUCUUAAACUAUCUUACCUCAAGGUCAAUAAAGAGUUAACCCCAGAGAAGAUUCUUCAUGAAAUAAAUUUGCUGAAAGUUGAUUCCCUGCUCGAGGAGACUGUAGGCGAGUUAAUGGAGAAAGAGAAUUACGUGGAAUGCAUAAAUUUACUUGCCCCACUUCUAUUCUCUGUGGAUCAUGUUUACCUUGAUGUUUUGUCAUCACCUGGAAUAGAUGAUAAAAAUGAGGGAUUAACAUGCAUUGAGCUUAAAGCGCUGGAUAUAUUAAUUGAAGCUUCUGAGAAGGAAAUCCCUAUGGAUAAAGAGGUACACUUAAUGUGUCACCAAAGAAAGCUGCUAAUACUCAUGCUACUAGCUGGGAUGGUCCAAUUUAAAUGCUCACAGCAGAAAUAUGGGUUUAAUGCACUCUCCGCUUAUGAUGUAGUUCCUAAAGAAACUCCAGAGAAGUGGAAUAAUCUAGUGGUGCAAGAAAUAAAGGCAAUCUCAAAUUCUGCAGCGAAGAUAAAGAGCUUGGAUCCAUCUGUUGACACAAGUGGCUCAAGCUGUCCCCUCAGUUGCAUCAGUGCUUUGCAAUCAGUGCUAGUAGCGGUCAUGUGCCAUGUCGUCAUCAAUUACCUCUGCAAGAAGUCCUGUGUCCCUGUUAAUGCUGAUGAGACUGAACAAAAACAUGGAUGCUAUCUAGUUGAUACAUGUGUUGCAUUCUGCAGACUUCAACACCUUGUCUCCUCCAUUGCAGUCGAGACACAAGUUGAAUUAAUUGUCGCAAUCCAUGACUUGCUCGCUGAGUAUGGCCUCUGCUGUGCGGGUGAGGGUGGUGAAGGCGGGGAAGGAACGUUUCUUAAAUUCGCUAUAAAGCAUCUCUUAGCAUUGGACAUGAAGCUUAAAUCCAACUUAAACUCUUCCUGCACGGAAAAAGAUCACCUUGAUAAGCAGCAUUCCCCAGGUGGACUCGGCAAAUCAGCUGACAGAGAAAUAAAUAUGGAACUGGAUAUUGAUGAGUUGGAAAAUCCCAAAAUUAAUGUUGCUGGGAAUGGUGUUUCUGAAGUCGUUCAUUCACAAGAAAGCAAGAGAGACAGAGUAGGAGACCGCGAAGACCGACAGGGAGAUGAAGGGGAUAAAAAUGGUGAACAAAUCAUCAAACACAGAAGUAAAAUGUCUGAAGAGGAGAUGGAAGAGCUUGAGUUAAUGAUAGAUAAUGCGCUAGAUCAGUGUUUUUUUUGCCUAUAUGGACUGAAUCUUAGAUCAGAUUCAUCCUAUGAUGAUGAUCUGGCCACACACAAGAAUACUAGUCGUGGAGAUUACCAGACCAAGGAACAAUGUCUGGAUGUUUUUCAGUACAUACUACCUUGUGCAAAGGCUUCUUCUAAAACUGGACUCGUCAAACUUCGGAGAGUGUUGAGAGCUAUACGCAAACAGUUCCCACAACCACCUCAAGAUCUUUUAGAUGGCAAUGCGAUAGAUAAGUUCUUAGACGAUCCAGAAUUGUGUGAAGACAGGCUGUCCGAUGAGGCUGGAUCUGAAGGUUAUCUGGAGACUGUUAUUAAGAUUCUAUUUCCUGAUGCAGGAAAUGUUAAGCAGCACAGAUCAUCAAUGGUUAAGCGCUCUGAUCCAUAUUCUGAGGUGUAUUGUAACUUGUACUAUUUCCUCGCUCUGUCUGAGGAAAUGAAUGCAACUGAUAAGUGGCCGGGCUUUGUACUUACGAAGGAAGGUGAAGAAUUUGUACAGCAAAAUGCUAGUCUCUUUAAAUAUGAUCUCCUUUACAAUCCUCUGCGCUUUGAAAGUUGGCAACGACUUGCAAAAAUUUAUGAUGAGUGUGAGAUACAUGAGUUACUGGCAUUAGUGUACUAUGACAGCCUUCAGAAUGUGGUGCCCUUCUAUGAUCAACGGUCUAUCAUACCUUCCAAAGAUGCAGCCUGGAUUGUGUUUUGCGAGAACUCCAUGAAGCAUUUUAAGAAAGCUUUCUCACACAAGCAGGAUUGGUCACAUGCAUUUUACAUAGGAAAACUCUGUGAAAAGCUCGGAUACCCAUAUGAAAGAUCACUAUCAUAUUAUGACAAGGCUGUAGAACUGAAUCCAUCUGCUGCAGACCCUGUAUAUAGGAUGCAUGCCUCACGCUUGAAGUUGCUUCACAAGUGUGGAAAGCAGGACUUAGAAGCUCUGAAGACCCUUUCAGGACACUCUUUCCGUCAAUCAACAAAGGAUGCCGUCACAAACAUUUUUAGUGAAAUGGCCUCUGUCAUUGAUGAUACCUUCUCCGAGGACAGUAGCCACAAGUCAAACUACCUAGAAGAAGUGUGGCAUAUACUAUACCAUGACUGCCUUUCUGCUUUGGAAAAUUGCGUUGAAGGGGAUCUGAAACAUUUUCACAAGGCCAGAUAUAUGCUUGCUCAAGGGCUGUACAAACGAGGGUUGAUUGGCGAUCUGGAGAGGGCAAAGGAUGAACUUUCAUUUUGCUUCAAAUCCUCACGCUCGUCUUUCACCAUUAAUAUGUGGGAGAUUGAGGGCAUGGUCAGAAAAGGAAGGCGCAGAACACCUGGUGUUGCUGGAAACAAAAAGGUUCUUGACGUGAACCUGGCAGAAAGUUCUCGGAAAUUCAUUACUUGCAUCAGGAAAUAUCUGUUGUUUUACUUGAGAUUGUUGGAGGAGACUGGAGACACUUGCACCCUUGAUCGUGCUUUUGCAUCUCUUCGUUCAGAUAAAAGGUUCUCAUUGUGCAUUGAAGAUCUUGUACCAGUAGGUCUUGGAAGAUUGAUCAAGGCCCUUGUAUCAUCCAUCCAUCAAGCCGAGAGUGCUGAAUCUUCUACUCCUGGCACAUCAGAGCCGCAACUGGAGAAGUUAUUCUCAUUGUUCAUGGAACAAGGGAACUUAUGGCCAGAGAUACUUUGCUUGCCUGAGACACAGAGCCCAGAAUUUACAGAUAGCAGCUUAUAUGGUUAUCUCCACAGACACAUCGCUUUGUUGGAGAGAAACAGCAAGCUCGAGGCACUUGAAGGGAUAAAUGAAAGGAUUCGUAAGCGCUUCAAGAACCCAAAGUUGUUGAAUAGCAAUUGUGCUAAAGUCUGCCGGCAUGCUUCGGUUGCCUGGUGCCGCAGUCUCAUAAUUGAUUUGGCAUUGAUCACUCCUAUGCCAUUUGGUCAUGACGAUACUUUGGAAAGUGGUCAACUGCUUGUGCUUGAUGUACAAGCGGACGAGUUAUGGAACACAUCAUCAGACAUCACCACUCCAGAAAAUCCUGAAACAAAAUGGGGCUCGGUCUUGACUAAAAUGAAGAAUAUAGCAGUUAAGAAAGCUGCAAAUGGAGAUUUUGAGACUGCUAGCUCUUUAAUGAAGAGCUGCUACAAUUUCUAUCGAGAAAGCUCCUGUGGAUUGCUUCCUUCUGGGAUCAACCUUUACUUGGUGCCGCCAAAGUUAGCAGUGGAUACACGAGGUGUUGAGCCAGGACAGGAUGGGGUUGAAGUUCUUGAUCUGAGCAUUCCUAGGAAGCUUCUUCUGUGGGCUUAUGUGCUUCUGCACGGUCGUUAUGCCAACAUUGCAGCUGUUGUUAAACAUUGCGAGGAAAAUAUCAAGCCAAAAAUGAAAAAGGGUGCUGGAACGUCAUCAACCCCAUCAUCCCAUUCGGGCCUUUCUCCUGCCAAAAAUGUCCAUGCAACAGGGGGCGUUGUUGCAGGUGUGGAGGGAGUUAAUAGCGAUGCAGAAGCUGGUCGUGGAUUCGGGGGAUCUCCUGCAGUUCCAGCCACUGGAAGCGAGAAGAGACUGAAUGCCGAUUCAAUUACACCGGUUUCAAGUUCCCGGCAAAGCCAGUGUUGGAAGAGUUCAACGAUGGAUGAAGGAGGAGAUCCUGAAAAAAACCGAGGGUUUCUUUCCAGUUCCAGACGCCUCGCUGGCUCUCGCCGCUGCUGCUGCGCCCUCUCGCUCUCUCAAUCUCCUUCUGAUUCAUCUUCUUCUUCCGCUGCUGUAAGGAAGAGGGUGGUUUCUGGAGUACAGCCAACGGGGUCUAUCCACCUUGGCAAUUACUUGGGCGCCAUUAAAAAUUGGAUUGCUCUUCAGAUUACGUUGCCAUAUGAGACCCAGCAGUUAUCAAAGGCCACUAGGGAUACAGCUGCACUUUAUUUGGCAUGCGGCAUUGACACAUCAAAGGCUUCUGUAUUUGUUCAGUCUCAUGUACGUGCACAUGUAGAAUUGAUGUGGCUUUUAAGUGCCGCCACACCAAUUGGUUGGCUGAACAGGAUGAUUCAGUUUAAAGAGAAGUCCCGUAAAGCGGGCGAUGAAAAUGUCGGUGUUGCACUUUUGACUUAUCCUGUGCUCAUGGCAUCCGACAUUCUCUUAUAUCAGUCUGACUUCGUUCCAGUUGGGGAGGACCAAAAGCAACAUCUGGAGUUGACUAGAGAGCUGGCAGAGCGUGUGAAUCAUCUAUACGGGGGAAGGAAGUGGAAGAAAUUAGGAGGGCGAGGAGGUGCUAUCUUUAAGGUUCCUGAACCGCUUAUACCACCAACUGGGGCCCGAGUAAUGUCUCUCACUGAUGGACUUUCCAAGAUGUCCAAGUCUGCUCCUUCGGAUCAAUCGCGAAUUAAUCUUCUUGACCCUAAAGAUGUCAUAGUCAACAAGAUCAAACGUUGUAAAACUGAUUCCUUGCCAAGGAUCGAAUUCGAUAACCCUGAAAGACCUGAAUGCAAUAACCUGCUUUCAGUAUAUCAGCUAGUUUCAGGCAAAACAAAAGAGGAAGUUUCACAGGAAUGUCAAAGCAUGAACUGGGGCACUUUCAAGACUGUUCUAGCUGAUGCCUUGAUCGAUCAUCUAAGUCCCAUUCAGGCUCGCUACGAGGAAAUAGUUGCAGAUCCGAGUUAUCUGGAUAGAGUAUUGGAAGAUGGUGCGACGAAGGCUUCAGUUGUAGCAGAUGCCACCCUUAACAACGUUUAUCAAGCAAUGGGAUUCUUGAGAAGAUGA